UCAUAAAUCCCAUUACGUAGAGAUUCAAGGGUGUGUGUUUACUGGGUUUGCAGUGUUUUUGGUUCUCUAAAACCCAUAUUUUCACCAUUAUGUCUGGUAGAGGGAAAACCGGAGGCAAAGCCCGAGCAAAGGCUAAGUCUCGCUCCUCCCGUGCCGGACUCCAGUUCCCAGUGGGCCGAGUUCACAGGCUACUGCGCAAGGGCAACUAUGCGGAGCGUGUUGGUGCUGGGGCUCCGGUGUAUCUGGCGGCUGUACUGGAAUAUCUGACCGCUGAGAUUCUGGAGUUAGCAGGCAACGCGGCUAGGGACAACAAGAAGACCAGGAUCAUCCCCCGCCACCUCCAGCUGGCUGUGCGCAACGAUGAGGAGCUAAACAAGCUGCUGGGAGGUGUGACCAUCGCUCAGGGAGGAGUGCUGCCCAACAUCCAAGCUGUUCUUCUUCCCAAGAAGACGGAGAAACCAGCAAAGAGCAAGUGACAGACUCCUCGCAGGCCCGGGUUCAGUCUCGACAAGGGGCUCGCCAGGGAGCCAGCCACUUUUUCAUAUUUAGUGUUCGUCUUUUUGGAUAAAAGACCUUUAAAAUAGGGGACAGUGUUUGGUGUUGCUGUUUUUACAUUCGCUUUUCAUCGGAACUAUUCAUAGACUGCUUGUUCGCCGAUGUUGUGUUCCUGGCUCUGGAAAAUGGUGGCGCUCUGUGAAGGCUGGGAGAAAAAUCUAUAUCUUUAUAUAGACCAAUUCUGAGGGGCGGUGGGCGUUUUAGUUUGACAAGGCUGCUACAAAACAUGCAACGUUGUUGUUUUGUCAUGUUGUUUCAAUAAAUGUCCUGCAGCCUUUUGGCACAGGGUCAAAAUG